AUGGCCGCGAGUGCGGGAACACAAAUUUUGAAAUACACUGUACACAAAUGGUCGAGUUUCUCAUACAACUAUGUACCAGAAAACGUGUAUGUAGACAAUCCCAGUGAUCAGUCGUCACGGUGGUCAUCCGAUUCUAACCACCCUCCUCAGUUCUUGCUUUUAAAGCUAGAAAGACCUUCUGUUGUCAAGUCCAUAACCUUUGGUAAAUACGAAAAAACACAUGUGUGCAAUUUGAAGAAAUUCAAAGUAUUUGGUGGCCUGUCUGAAGAUCAUGUUGUGGAGCUUUUAGAAAGUGGCUUGAAGAAUGAUCAUUUGUCGGAGCAGUUUGUGCUGAAAUGUGAAAUUGAAGAGCAUUAUUUUCCCUGUCGAUAUAUCAAAAUUGUGCCAAUACAAGCAUGGGGCCCCAAUUUCAACUUUAGUAUCUGGUACAUAGAGUUACGAGGCACAGACAAGUGGGAUGUAGUAAAACCUUGUAUAAACUGGUUUAAUUCAUAUAGAGAAAAGGAGGCCAUUCGUUUGUGUCUGAAACAUUUCCGACAGCGACAGUUUAUUGAAGCUUACGAUGCCUUACAGAAAAAGACAAAAGUGGAACUAGAACAUCCUAUACUGACAGAGCUCCAUGACAAGUUGGUGAAACAGGGAGACUUUGAUGGGUGUGAGUCUUUAGUAUGGCGAGCCUGUCAAGAGAGACUGUUUGACCAGUACAUAGGUUUACUGGACUAUAAACCAAAAUGGACGCCGAUAGAGCCAAUGACGAAGGUUGGGGAAUUGAUGACAGAAAACCGACCAGGAAUGAGAGGUGGACACCAGAUGUGUGUGGACAUCCUUGCAGAGACUCUAUAUCUGUUUGGGGGAUGGGAUGGAAGUCAAGAUUUGGCAGAUCUGUGGGCAUACAAUAUUCCCGCAAGGACAUGGUCUUGCAUCUGUAAAAGUACAGAGGAGGAGGGUGGUCCCUCAGCAAGGUCAUGCCACAAGAUGUGCCUUGAUCAUGAACGAAAACAGAUAUUUAUUCUUGGGCGUUACCUAGACUCGUCGGUGCGCACGUCAGAUAACCUAAAGAGUGAUUUCUACAUGUAUGACAUAGGGUCAGCCAAAUGGACAAUAAUUACAGAGGAUACUCAUGCAAUGGGAGGACCCAAAUUAAUCUUUGAUCACCAGAUGGUCAUGGAUAUUGAGAGACGCACACUCUUUGUGUUCGGGGGUCGAGUGCUCACAAGUGUUGCUGAAGGAGGCGAGCGGAGUAGUGAGUCGGAGUUUAGUGGAUUAUAUGCAUACCACGUUCCCACUAACACCUGGAAACAAGUGAUGACAGAUUGUACGGAGCUCCGUUCACGUAUUGGACACUCAAUGCUUUUUCAUCCUAAAAGGAGAGUGUUGUAUGUGUUCGCUGGUCAGAGGGCAAAGGAAUACCUAAAUGACUUUUUCUCAUAUAAUGUUGAUACAGGACAGAUUGAGAUCAUAGCAGAUGGAAGUAAGAAGGAGGCUAACUCUUUAGGGGGUAUGCUUACUUAUCCUAACCCCCUCAAUAAUCUCUGGGAUGAAAUGUCUGCUCAUUAUCAUCCUGUGCUGAAAGAGUUCAUCAAAAAAAGUGCGAUACCAGCGGCUGGAUUUACGCAACGUGCCACGAUUGACCCAGACUCAGAUGAAAUACAUGUACUUUCAGGACUUAGUAAAGACAAGGACAAACGAGACAAUGUUAAAAACUCCUUCUGGGUGUAUGAUAUUGGUAAAAAUAAAUGGUCCUGUGUUUACAAGAAUGAGAAUUCUGGACAACAGUACUGGACAAAGAUGCAGCACGUUGAACCAGUGCCACGGUUUGCUCACCAGUUAGUCUAUGAUCAUGUUCACAAGGUACACUACUUGUUUGGUGGGAACCCUGGAAAGGAAAGCUUACCUAAAAUGAGAUUGGACGAUUUCUGGGCAUUAAAGCUAUGCCGACCUACUGCUGAAAAUUUAUUACGGCGAUGCAAAUAUCUGAUCCGGAAGUUUAAAUUCCAAGAAAUGUCAGGAUCUGAUUCCAGAGCUGCAAUGUUAUAUCUUCAAGCCAGUUUAGCUGAAAUCGUAGAUCACAACAACCCAGAGGAACGCAGUGAGUUUCAAUUACUGGCAUCAACAUUGUUCAAGACAGAAGAGGAAGAGGAUGUUUUCAAUGAGAUAGCUGGUGUGGACACCAGUGAACAUUAUCAAUCAAGAACAGAACUUUUUGACAAGUUGGUGUCGUUUUUCCCAGAACAGAUGACCCAACCCAAAGGCAACCUUGUGGACCUUAUCCCAAUGAUGUGAUUACAGAAUUGUUUACCGUCUUGUGUGGAGUUUGAGCCAAAUGUUAAAGAGAGUUAAUCUGAUAUAAGCAUUGAUAUUUCAAAAGUAUCGUCCUUAAUGUGAUUGGUUAAAUCUUUUAAUGAUGUGAUUUAUUAACUCUUUCCAUGUGUACCUGAAAACUGUUAAGACAUUGUUGCUAACAAAUAUUAUGACAUUGUUGCUGACAAAUGUUAAGACAUUGUUGCUGACAAAUGUUAUGACAUUGUUGCUGACAAAUGUUAAGACAUUGUUGCUGACAACUGUUAAGACAUUGUUGCUAACAAAUAUUGUGACAUUGUUGCUGACAAAUGUUAAGACAUUGUUGAGGACAACUGUUAAGACAUUGUUGCUGACAAAUGUUAAGACAUUGUUGAUGACAACUGUUAAGAUGUUGUUGCUGACAGCUUUUAUGACAUUGUUGCUGACAACAACUGUUGAUGAAAAUUGUUUUGACAAUGCAAACAAGUGUAAAAUUUUGUUAAUCUUACAAGCAUUCAUGAGAGCAACAUUUUUUUAGAAUGAUAAAAAAUCUAGAUUGGCAGUAUUCCUAAUCCAUACUUGUUGCUUUGGUAUAUGACAAAAAUUGUUAUGAUAUCUGUAAGAAUAUAAGACAAGUUUCUAUUCAAAUGAUCUAUGUUGGCUGCAUAUUGUUAACAGUAAUAGCUGAGAGAAGUUCAGAGCCGAAACCGGUCACUGAAGCGAUUUCAAAGGUUGAUGUUUAUUUCACUCUGAACACAUAUCAUUCAAAUAUUGAAGCAAGCAAUGAAGAUUUUCACUCAUCAAAAAAGAGGAGGUUUAAUUCUGGUACCUUUCUAAAUGAUGUAAUAUGAGAAUCUGUACAAGGUAGGUUAACGAAAUACUGUUUAGAAUGAAUGCCACCUACAAAAAGUUUUAUUAUCACAUACUGGAUGUUAAUUCCUGAAACCUACAGUAUUAUUGAAAUAUUAUAACAGAGUUGAAAAUUUCAUUUAAGGGUGUAUGUGAUGCGAGAGUAGUGUUACCUCAUGCCUAUUGUUUAAUGAGUAUUCCAUUAAGAGUCUAUGUUGUGCGAGUGUAGUAUUUCAUUAUUUCUGUUGCUUACUGAAUAACUAGUAAAUUAACUUCAAUUAGGCAUUGUUUGAAAUUAUCUGUAAAAAGGCCAGGCAUUUCAGUAGAGAUGCGAAAAGUUUUUUUUUGAGUGUUCUGCAGAUGAGAAGAUUGUUUUUGUAUAUAUUACAAAGAAAAGACAGUUAUGUGAGAUUUUUUUUUUUUUUUUUUUUAGAAAACAUUAAUGAUUAUAAAUGGUUGUUAAAGAAACGUUGUUCACUGCAUAAAUAUAUUUUGAGAUUUUAUGUCAGAAAGGUUACCGUAAAUUUCCGCGUAUAGUGCACACUUUUUCAAGCUAAAACUGUCGUGUCAAAAAGGGUGUGCGCAUUAUACGCAGGAACAUGCCAUUCUUGGGGUUAUUAUUUCCGAGUUCUGCGUCCGCCAUAUUGGAUUACCACCCUUCACAUAGUUAUAUGUAAAAGUCAUCGGUCUUAUAUGAUAGUUUGGAGAUAAAAACAACAGCAACAAAACAAGUAAAAUAAAAUAAAUUUUGAAUGUUUUAAUCAACGGCCAUUCACGCUAGCAUUACGGUGAAUCUAAUUUUUUUUUUCGUUUCGUUUCGUUGAAUAGUGAAUUUCUGCCUCAUUUUGAUAUACAUGGCCUGCACGCGCAGUUCUGUUGUACUGGCAGCGAUACCGGCAUCUCUGUGAUCGCAUACAAAGUUGAACAGCUCUCACUCCAUCUCUGGGUGUUCUGCUGUCGCAUCUAUGUCAGCCCUUCUGGUCAGUGGUUGGGACUUUAGACGUUUUUUUUUUUCUUUCGUGCCUUGAUAUUUCACUCUGGAAUGUCGAAGUGGCGACUGGCGGCACGAAACUCAAGUCUCUCGGUGUAGUCCAUGGUGUUCGCUGUUUCCCCAUGUCGAAGUCGGUGUAAACAAUCUAUAACUAAGUACCUUCGGAUACCGCGGUAGGUACAGAUAUGGGGACAAGGUAUGAUUGAAACUUUUCAGACAGUUAAAACAACAUCGUUUUCUGAGCAAUAGUACACGUUCAGCCGAAGCCGGGUGUCAUCAAUCUCCUCAUACUCAACGUGUUUGUUACCUGUUAAGAACCGUUAAUUAUCCAAUUAGCCAAGCCUUUCAUGCUUGUUAAGUCAGGUACCUGUGUGAAUUUGUUUACAUAAGGUAAUUAAAUAUGUUAGGGUCACGAUGACUGUGGUUUCCUCAUUAUCAAUGGAUCAAACCACAUCAACUGUUUCAUCGCGGUACCAGUAAUCAAUUAAUCUUUCUGUAGAAAAUCUUUUGUUUUGUGGAGGGGGUUCUGACCCCAAAAAAGUACCUGCGCACUAUACCCGAGUGCGCACUAUACCCGAGUGCGCACUAUACCCACAAAUUUACAGUAUUUAACCAAAAUGUUUUCUGACCUUAGUUUUGGUUUCUCUUAGCAAUAACAAAGUUGACACUUAUACCGAAGAAGUUGUGCUGAUACAAGAUACAAAUUUUUCUUUUUUUUCUUCCUUGAGAUACAAUUUACUUUUCACAGUCGGCAACACAAGCCUUUAAACUUUGACAAAAAUAGCAUGGCCUAAAAUAGAAAAUAAAUCACAGCAAUAGAUCGGAGCUUCUUAUUGGUUAUGGAGCACCUAUUCAGUUUUUGCAAAGUAUAUGUGGAGGUCAGACAAGUUGCUCUUAUAAUUUUUAGGUCGCCUGAGCCAAAGGCUCAUGGUGACCUAUUGCCAUCAUGAUUUGUCUGUCGUCGUGCGACGUUAACUUUUCACAUAUUUGACUUCUUCUCAAGAACCACUGUUUGGAUUUUGACCAAACUUGGCACAAAGCAUCCCCAUGGGAAGCCGCUUCAAGUUUGCGAAGAAAAAGGGUACGGCCCCAAAAGGGGCCCCAGGAGGGGGGAAAAGGGGGUAAAAUUAGGUAAAUCUUUAAAAAUCUUCUUCUCAUGAACCAACAGUCAGAUUAAGUUCCUACUUGAUAUUUAGGGUCCUUAUGGCAUGGUCUACAAAGUUUGCGAAUGAAAAAAAAUCGGGUCUAAAACGGCCCCACUAGGGGGCACUCAAAAGGGUCAAAAAGUCAACUUUGACCAAUUUCAACCAAAUGUGGUAGAAAGCAUUCCUUAGUGAAGGACAUAUGAAAUUAUGUUGAAAAAAGUGAUAAUGUCCCAUUUGGUGCCCAUAAGGGGUGUAAAAGGGGCCAUAUGUAAAAACUUCUUUAAAUGACUUCUUCUCAAGAACCAUUGGAUGGAUUUUGACCAAACUUGGCACAAAGCAUCCCAAUGGAAAGCUUCUUCAAGUUUGCGAAGAGAAAGAGUGUGGCCCCAAUGGGGGCCCCAGGAGGGGGGGAAGGGGAAACUUGAUACGAAUGUUCUACACAAGGUCCUGGCAAGUGUUUUAACUUUUUGGGGCGAUUCAAAAUCCAAGAUGGCCACCCUGGCCUCUGUUUGGCUAAGACAUUAUGGACUUCCUCUCAAGAACCAUUGGGUGGGUCAUGUUCUAACUUUGUAUAGAUGUUUUACACAUGGUCCUGCACAAGUGUUGUUACAUUUUUGCAACAUUUUAAAAUCCCCAGAUUAUUGACAAAUAUUCCUCAGGUGACCGUUCAGGCCCCUUGGGCCUCUUGUUGUUGAUAUGUGGCUUAAUUGGGAAAUAUACUUUGCUGUACUCU